AUGCAUCUCGCUCUUUCUCUUCUCGCCCUCUCGGCAACUUCAACACUGGCUGCGCCGGUGAAUACCCUUUCUCAAAACCAGGACUCUAACGCCCCGACCCGUGCCGCCAGACUCCUGACCCCCAUCUCCCACCCUUCCAAGGACGAAUCUCACUUGAAGGCCCGUACCUUCGGUCUCCUGUCUGGUCUGCUCUCCCAUGGUUUUGGCGGAUCCGGAUCCGCUGAAUGUGAAGCCUGCGAGGGUGAAGCCGGUGGCUCCGCUGGCGCCAGCGGUGGUUUGGGUGGUCUUCUGAGUGGUGGACUUGGCGGUCAUCUCGGUGGUGGUUUGGGCGGUCAUCUUGGUGGUGGCCUGGGCCUCGGCGGCAGCGCUGGCGCCGGCGAAGACUGUGACGAAAAUGGUGAAGGAGGAGUGAGUGCUGGAGGUUCCGCUGGAGGGUCAGCAGGGGGAUCUGCUGGUGGCUCCGGCGAAGGCUCGGCCGGAGGUUCCGCUGGUGGAUCUGCUGGUGGUAGCGUUGGAGGAUCUGCUGGUGGCAGCGCUGGAGGAAGUGCUGGCGGUUCGGCCAGCGGCUCAGCUGGUGGUGAUACCGGUGCUUCUGCUACAGGAUCUGGUUCGGCCGGCGGUUCCGCUGGUGGCUCCGCCGGUGGCUCUGCUACCGGUUCCCUGGGCGGUUCCGCUUCUGGUACUGCUGGUGGUUCUCUUGGAGGAUCUGCUGGUGGCAGCGCUGGAGGAAGUGCUGGCGGUUCGGCCAGCGGCUCAGCUGGUGGUGAUACCGGUGCUUCUGCUACAGGAUCUGGUUCGACUGGCGGUUCAGCUACCGGCUCUGGAGGAUCCGCGAGCGGUUCGGCAGGUGGUGACACGGGUGCUUCUACUACUGGUUCUGGUUCUGGUUCUGGUUCUACUGGAGGUUCCGCCACAGGCUCUGUUGGCGGCUCUGGCAGUGUUGGGGGAAGCGCAGGUGGUUCCGCCGGAGGAUCUGCAGGUGGUGACGCUGGUUCCUCUACUACUGGCUCCGGCUCCGGCUCGACUGAAGGUUCCGGCUCUACUGGCGGCUCUGCUAGCGGCUCCGCCGGCGGCGACACGGGUGCCUCUGCUCCUGGUUCCGGCUCCGGCUCGACCGAAGGUUCUGGCUCUGGCUCUGGCUCUGGUUCUGUUGGCGGCUCCGCCGGUGGAAGUGCAGGCGGCUCUGGCUCCAGCUCCGGCGGUAUCAGCAUCGGCGGCAGUGCAACUGGCAGCGGCGGCGCCUCGGCCUCUGCCACUGCGUCAGCCAGUGCCGGUGCGACCGCCUCGGCCGGUGCCUCUGCGACUGGUGGAUCGGGCUCUGACAAUGGUGAGGACUGCGACGAGACCGGCGCCGAUGCGACUACCGGUGACAACGGCGACGACUACGGUGAUGACGCUGGUGAGGGUGACGACUCGUCCGCGGGCGGUGAUGACUCCGAGGACUGCGACUGCGAUCAGUGA